UUUGGGGUCAGAUAUGGCUGUUCCUGAUACUUCAGGAGAAAAGGAUGGUCUGGGCUGUGAGGAUGGGCUGCUCAGGAGCGCCUGAGGCAGAGAGCCUGAGGGCCUGGAAAGGAAUGUCAGGGGAGUGACCAGGGAUGAGGUGGACUGGCAGCCCAGCUGGCUAUGCUCAGCCUGUCCAGCUCUCAGCUAUGUGAAGGACUUCAGUUUGACAAAAGAUGCCCACUCCAGUGACAGCGAUGAGAACUCGGAGCGUGGAAACUGGUCAAGCAAAGGCGAUUACCUGCUGUCCAUGGUGGGCUACGCCGUGGGACUGGGCAAUGUCUGGCGCUUUCCCUACCUCACCUACCAGAAUGGAGGAGGUGCUUUUCUGAUCCCCUACACUCUGAUGUUGGCAUUAGCUGGCUUGCCCUUAUUUUUCAUGGAAUGUUCCCUUGGGCAGUUUGCCAGUCUAGGGCCAGUUUCCAUCUGGAAAAUACUACCGUUGUUUCAAGGAGUGGGCAUCACAAUGGUCAUCAUCUCAACAUUUGUGACAAUCUACUACAACGUUAUCAUUGCUUAUGCACUUUACUACUUAUUUGCCUCAUUUCAAAAAGUGCUGCCGUGGUCAGACUGCUUUUCCUGGGCAGAUGAAUUCUGCAGCAAGACACGAAUAGUAAGUGAAUGUAACGCAACCUUGCAUGGGGAAAUCAUUCAUGCAAACUACUCAUUCAUCGUGAGCAACAACCUCACAUGUAUAAAUGGCACCAUAGACUACAAGCCAGUGCAAUUUCCCAGUGAGCAAUACUGGAACAAAGUGGCUCUGCAGCGCUCGAGUGGGCUGGAUGAGACCGGCAAGAUCGUGUGGUACCUGGCUCUCUGCCUCCUCCUGUCCUGGAUCAUUGUUGGAGCUGCCCUGUUUAAAGGAAUAAAAUCUUCUGGAAAGGUUGUCUACUUUACUGCACUCUUCCCGUAUGUCAUCCUGCUCAUCUUGCUGGUGCGAGGUGCCACCCUGGAAGGUGCUUUGGAUGGCAUUGAAUACUACAUUGGGAGACAGUCCAACAUCACCAAGCUGAUGGAGGCAGAGGUUUGGAAAGAUGCAGCCACCCAGAUAUUUUACUCCCUGUCUGUGGCAUGGGGCGGGCUUGUUGCUUUGUCUUCGUACAACAGGUUCCACAACAACUGCUACUCAGAUGCCAUUAUAGUUUGUGUGACCAACUGUGUCACCAGCAUAUUUGCUGGGUUUGCAAUAUUCUCCAUCCUGGGACAUAUGGCAUUUGUGUCCCAAAGACCUGUCUCAGAAGUUGUGGACUCAGGGUUUGAGCUGGCUUUUGUAGCCUACCCAGAGGCUCUCUCCAAGUUGCCAGUUUCUCCUCUGUGGUCCUUCUUGUUUUUCUUCAUGCUUCUGCUUUUGGGCCUUGACUCCCAGUUUGCCACCAUAGAAACACUUACAACCACCAUUCAAGAUAUAAGUCCCAGAGUGAUGAGAAAAUUAAGACUGCCCAUAACCCUAGGUCUGUGUGCACUGCUCUUCUUUCUCGGGCUUGUCUGUGUUACUCAGGCAGGAAUUUACUGGGUUAACCUAAUAGAUCACUUCUGUGCUGGAUGGGGAAUCCUUAUUUCAGCUGUCCUGGAGAUAAUAGGCAUAAUCUACAUUUACGGAGGAAACAGAUUCAUUGAAGACAUUGAAAUGAUGAUUGGAAAGAAGAGCUUUUCAUUCUGGCUGUGGUGGAGAAUGUGCUGGUUUUUCAUCACUCCUGUGCUGUUAAUGGCUAUUUUGGUCUGGUCUUUGAUCACAUUUUCAAGUCCCACUUAUGGCUCAGUGUUAUACCCAACCUGGGGAACCGCUGUUGGCUGGUGCAUGAUCAUCUUCUGUGUCAUCUGGAUUCCCAUUGUUGCUAUUGUAAAAAUAGUUAAAGCUGAAGGAAAUCUUGUUCAGCGCAUUGUCAGCUGCUGCCGGCCUGCAGCAGACUGGGGCCCCUACCUGGAAUGUCACCGAGGAGAACGAUACAGCCACGUCGUGGAUCCCAACAAGAAAAAGGAGCAUGAGAUUCCCACUGUGUCUGCCUUUGUAUACAAACAACAAUGAGAUGGCUGUUUGGAUGACUGCUUUUUAACAUAUAUGUGGGCUUUUUCUUUUGAUAUUG